AUGCCACCCAAGCGCAAGUCCACAGGCGCGACGAUGAUUGAUGGAGUGGCGCAAACGCCCUCCAAGCGACUACGCAACUCGCCAAACAAAACACCUGGCGACACUGAAGCAGCAUCGGAUGCCGCAAUGCCCAAGACCGGUGACAAGAGAAAGCGCGGUCGCCCACGCAAAAAUCCCGAAGCCACGACUUCAGAGCCGGGUAAUACCCCCAAGCGUGGACGGCCUCACAAGGAGCCAGAGGUAGAGACUCCGAAAAAGGUUGGCCAAGGACAGACUAGCAAGAGCCUGCCGGUCAAUAAAACUGCCGAUAUUCACUCGUCAACCCCUAAGAAAGAUGGUCGCGGGCGACCACGUAAGAGUCUGCCUGUCGAGGAGACUCCCGCUGUCUCAACAACCCCCAGAGGCCGGGGACGGCCUCGCAAGAACCUGCCCUCUGAGGAAAUUCUUGAUACUUCAACCCCUAAGAAGGGCCGGGGACGGCCUCGCAAGAGCCUGCCGGCUGACGAGACUCCCGAUGUCUCCAGCCCCAAGAAGGGCCGCGGACGACCACGCAAGAGCUUAGCUCUUGAUGGAACCGCCGACAGUGUUGAGCCGCAGCCCGCACCCGCAACGAAGAUCGAGCCCAAGGAGGAAGCCGGCCGUUCCUACUGGCUCAUGAAGGCAGAGCCCGAGUCGCGUCUUGAGAAGGGCGUUGAUGUUAAGUUCUCGAUUGACGACUUGGCUGCUGCGAAGGAGCCGGAGCCCUGGGACGGAGUUCGCAACCCUGUUGCACGCAAUAUCAUGCGGGAUAUGAAGAAAGGAGACUAUGCAUUCUUCUACCACUCUAACUGCAAGGUCCCGGGAGUAGUUGGUAUUAUGGAGAUCGUGCAGGAGCAUUCGCCUGACGAAGCGGCCUUUGACCCUAAGCAUCCCUAUUACGACCCCAAAUCCAGCCGGGAUAGCCCCAAGUGGGUUGUCGUGCAUGUCGAAUUUCGUCACAAGCUCAAGAAACAGGUUACCCUAGCUGACCUGAAGGCCAACGGCCAGGCGGGCAAGCCGCUCGAGAAUCUGCAAACCCUCAAGAUGUCACGGCUGAGUGUUUCAAAGGUGACCCCGGAACAAUGGCGGUACAUCUUGGAGCUGGCGGGCGAGGAUCCACACGGGUCCAAGGUUUAA